AUGUGCCUGCCGGUCGGUCGUGGACCUCGCGCCGUCGGCAUCUCCGCGCUCGCGGGUCUAAGCAGUGGCGCCGCGAUGUACGGGGCACGCUUCUGGGCCAGGCACAUCCGCUAUACUAGACCCCGCUACCGCACAACCCCCACCCACUCCCCCACGUCUCUCUCCCCCUCCCCGGCCCAGAUCGGGAUCGGGGGAGCGAACCCACGCCCGAGCCCAACGCGCCCCCGCCGCUCGACGGCGACGCCGCAGCCACUCGUCUCCCCGUCGCUCGGCCGUCCUCGUCCUCCUCCCCGAACGGCCUCGACGAGCCCGCGCCGCCGACUCGCCGGACCGCCACCUCGCCGGACUGCCUCCUCCACGUCGCUGUCGUCCCCAUCUUCCUCCUCGAGCCCCUCUGCCCCGUGCCCCACAAACCUCGGUGAGGCCCCGCCUCCCUCCGCUCCCCUGCUCACCGCGCCGGCGCCCCAUUGCUCCCGCGCGCACCCUGUCUGGCUGGUCCAUUGCCGCGCCACCGCGCCUCCCCUGCGCUGCUCGCCCGCCACGCGCCCAUUCCGGCCACAGCCAGCGCGCCGCCCCGCUCCCCACGUCGCCCGCUCGCGACCACCACCGCCCCACGCCGUCCCGCUGCGCCCCGCUUUACCCGCCGCUCGCUUCCGCCCCGCUUCCAGUCGUCCGCUGCUGCUCCUCGCGCGCGCACGUCGCCCCGCUCGCCGUCUCUACUCGAGACCGCCAGCGGCAACCCUGCCGGCCACCGCGGCCAUCUGCACCGACCUCCCGCUCCAGUUCCACCCCUCCGCCGCUUCCCCUGGCAGGCAUCAUGGGCGCUGA